AUGGCAGUGGAGGCCCGUCCGGCGAGUACCGGGCCGGAAACCCGCCGGUCGCCGGUACCGGACCGCAGAGCGAUGAGCGCGGACUCGGAACCACGCACCCUGGCCGCCCGCAAGGCCUAUCCUGAACCCUCGGAGGAAGAUGCUCCCCUCGAUUUAACAGUUCAUACUCGAAAAGAGAUCACGGUGAGAGAAUUUGCCCGCCACCCCUUCGCGGACCCCACGGACUAUGUGAGAGCACAGGCUAUACUGAGGCAGUCGAGGGGUUUCCUGGCUGCUGGAAGGGAUUCUGGCACCGAAUCAGAUGACUCCGCCGGCCGGAUGAGCCCCGGCGAGGACCCUACCUCCGGCAAAGCCUACAAAAAGUCCCUGAUGAAGAGAUACAUGGACGGCGAGCCCACCACGCUGUCGUUGGGCGCGCGGGGUUCUCUGGGCAGGGCGCUCCUACACGGGCUCUUGGCCCCCACGCCAGCGCCCCGGCACCACCUCUACACAGCACCCAACACAGGGUCUCUCCCACCGUCACCAGCGGACAGCGGAGUGUCAGAUGUAGAGUCUUCAUCAUCUGGCGCCGGAUCCGCCGAGGAGUUAAAGGCGAGGCUUCAGCCACCGCCCACGCCCUUCCACACGCCCUUCCUGCCCUUCUACCAGCAGCAUCAGAUCGCGUCGCUGCAGCAUCACGCUCACCCUAGGCCACCUGUUGGCACAGUGGAACGCGAUUCAUACUACGGUGGGUACGGCGGUAAUCACCACUUCGCCGCGCCCGCACCCCCUCCACUACCCCAUGACGAUCUCCCAUAUUCGGUCUUCGACUUCGGAGACUAUCAGAGGCACAGCCACCACAACAAACUCAAGCCCAAAAAGAGACCCCGAACUGACGCGCCCCCAACUCCUGGAGUGAAACGCAAGAGCCGAGAAGGCUCUACAACCUACUUAUGGGAGUUCCUUCUCAAACUCCUCCAAGACAGGGAGUACUGCCCACGCUAUAUCAAGUGGACAAAUCGUGAGAAGGGAGUGUUUAAACUCGUCGAUUCCAAAGCCGUCUCCAGGCUCUGGGGGCUCCACAAAAACAAGCCGGACAUGAACUAUGAGACCAUGGGCCGCGCCCUCCGCUACUACUACCAGAGGGGCAUCCUCGCCAAAGUGGACGGCCAGAGGCUCGUGUACCAAUUCGUAGACGUUCCGAAAGAUAUCGUCGAGAUCGACUGUUCGCUCGCG